GCGCCAUUUUGUGAGGAGGGCUAUAAACGGGCGCUGGGGCCGAUUGCCCGCCCAGUUGUUUCUCUGGUGGAGUCGGCUCCGUGGGUGUCUCGCUCGCGUCGCCCCGUCCGGCCUCUCCCAGCGUCUCCACGCGGGAGCCGACUGCCAGAGGCGCGGCGCGGCGUCGAGCCGGGCUAGUCCGAGGAAACCGCCGUCUCCGCCGCGCGCGCGGGCCCGUUCGUUUGUCGGCGCGCAGUCGCGGCCCCCGGCCGACUCUCCAGGGCCAUGAGUUACGGUCGCCCGCCUCCCGAUGUGGAGGGCAUGACCUCCCUCAAGGUGGACAACCUGACCUACCGCACGUCGCCCGACACCCUGAGGCGCGUGUUCGAGAAGUACGGGCGCGUGGGCGACGUGUACAUCCCGCGGGACCGCUACACCAAGGAGUCCCGCGGCUUCGCCUUCGUCCGCUUCCACGACAAGCGCGACGCCGAGGACGCCAUGGACGCCAUGGACGGGGCCGUGCUGGACGGCCGCGAGCUGCGGGUGCAGAUGGCGCGCUACGGCCGCCCCCCGGACUCGCACCACAGCCGCCGGGGCCCGCCGCCCCGCCGGUACGGGGGCGGCGGCUACGGGCGCCGGAGCCGCAGCCCUCGGCGGCGCCGCCGCAGCCGCUCCCGGAGUCGGAGUCGCUCCCGGUCCCGCAGUCGCUCCCGCUACAGCCGCUCCAAGUCCCGGUCCCGCACCCGCUCGAGGUCGCGGUCCACCUCCAAGUCCAGGUCGGCGCGAAGAUCCAAGUCCAAGUCGUCGUCGGUGUCCAGGUCCCGUUCGCGCUCCCGCUCCCGGUCCCGGUCCCGGAGUCCUCCGCCCGUGUCCAAGAGGGAGUCCAAGUCCAGGUCGCGCUCCAAGAGCCCCCCCAAGUCUCCCGAGGAGGAAGGAGCGGUGUCCUCUUAAGCAAAUGGUAAUGUCCGUGGGCGUCCGAGGCGCACGCACCACCCGAGCGCAGAGAUGGGGUUUGCGGUAGCCGUUUAUGAUCCGUGUUGGUAGCAAAGCGACUCCCGACGUCGGGAGCGCGGCUGUGAGCUAACUCGGCUUUGGGAGUAAUUCUGAAGAGAGGGGUCUGCAGAGAGGAUGUGCGUGAAGCUUAGAUAAUAAUGGCUGUUUCGUGAACUGUUUGAGACCUAUUAAUGAAAAUGACUAUUUCUUGCUGUUUUUAUCCAACGUCUGCAUUUUCCCCCUUUAAAGCUGCGGUCUCCUGUUUGAUAAAAGAAUAUUGGCCAGUAUUGCAGAUUUUAACUGAUUUGGCUGAUCCUCCAGGGACCAGUUUCUGUGGGCGUGUAUUGGAGCAGGUUUGUCUUUAAAUGUUAAAGAUGCACUAUCCUCUUAGAGAAAACAAUCAGUUCAACUAUUGUUGUACUGACUGGGACUUCGUAUUCUAACGGAUGUGGCAAACGAAUUGCAAAGCGGAGCAAUGAACUUUUGGAACCCCAAAAAAGUUUACAGGUAUCGCACUGGGUGGGGAAAGGAUAGUGUGUCUUUAACUCUUAAAUUGUUUGGUCCUAUUUUUUAAAAGGAAAGGGCCCUAAGUAGCUCGCGAUAUUUAAAGCCUUUAUUCUCAAUUGCCAAACGUUUCAUUUGAAAGCUAAACGUUUAUCGUAAAAUAGACUGUCUGAUUUCAAGUUUUGGUUUGGAUACGGUCCUUUUUUUUUUUUUUUUUUUUUUUUUUUUUUUUUUUUUUUCCCCUCCCCCUCUCUCUUCCUUUUUUUUUCCCCCUUCCCCCUCCUUUUUCUUUUUCCCUCCCUUAUUUUUCACCUUGGUUAUUUGGCCAAGAUUGCAUAAACACAAAUUUGUAAAAGCGGAUGGUUAGUCUUUGUGAAAAUUUCCCAAUUGGGCCUUUCUUUAAAAAAAACUGAUAAUGGCUGGGUGGAACCUUUCCGUAACCUACUUGUUUCACCAGAGCCUUAGUCAGUACAUGCCUGAAACUGAAACCAUGUGCACUUUGGGUAACUUCAUAGCGAUGGAAGGUAAACUGAACUUUUUUCUUUUCAAACCUAGAUGUGUCGGCGAGCAACAUAACUAAAGGAAGACUUGGGGGAAAAGGACCACAUACUCAGUCCAUCGAAGAGUCCUUGGAACAAGCAACUGGCUAUUGAAAAGGUUAUUUUGUAACAUUUUGUCUAACUUUUUACUUGUUUUAAAGCUUUGCCUCAGGUGGCAAACUUCAUUUUAUGUGCCAUUUUGUUGCUGUUAUUCAAAUUUCUUGUAAUUUAGUGAGGUGAACGACUUCAGAUUUCAUUAUUGGCUUGGAUAUUUGAGGUAAAUUUUCCUUUUUGUUUAUAUAGUGCUGACUUUUUUUGUUUGAAAUUAAACAGAUUGGUAACCUAAUUUGUGGCCUCCUGACUUUUAAGGAAACGUGUGCAGCCAUUACGCACAGCCUAAAGCUGUCAAGAGAUUGACUCAACAUUGCCUUCAUUCCUUAAAAUUAAAAAGCUACAAAAGUUGGUGUCAGUUUGUUUGUAUAUGUUAUUUACCUUCAGAUCUAAGUGGUGAUCUGAACCCAAAUUUGUGUAAAGACUUUUCAGGUGAAAAGACUUGAUUUUUUGAAAGGAUUGUUUACCAAACACAAUUCUAAUCUCUUCUCUUGUGUAUUUUUGUGCACUAGGCGCAGUUGUGUAGCAGUUGAGUAAUGCUGGUUAGCUGUUAAGGUGGCGUGUUGCAGUGCAGAGUGCUUGGCUGUUUCCUGUUUUCUCCCGGUUGCUCCUGUGUAAAGAUGCCUUGUCGUGCAGAAACAAAUGGCUGUCCAGUUUAUUAAAAUGCCUGACAACUGCACUUCCAGUCACCCGGGCCUUGCAUAUAAAUAACGGAGCAUACAGUGAGCACAUCUAGCUGAUGAUAAAUACACCUUUUUUUUUUCUCCCCUUCCCCCCAAAAUGGUAAAUCGGAUCAUCUUCAUGUAUGAACUUAAAAUGCGGAAAAUGUUAAGGAAGCAAAUGGUCUGUAACUUUGUAAGUACUUAUGACAUGGUGUAUCUUUUUGCUCAUGAAUAUUCUGUACUAUAACCGUUGUUUCUGUAGUUUAAUUAAAACGUUUUCUUGGUGUUA